GCCUCGACAGCACGGGAGCCCGGCAGCCCCGGGACGCGGCGGCCGAGCCCGGGGACCGCGAGGACGCCGCCCACUCGGCCGGGUAUGAAGCUAAAAUGCAGCGGUUAACAGUACCGUGCUCUGGAACCUGACAGGCCUGACCUUUGAAUCCCAGUUCCUCCACCGCCUGAGCUGUGUGAUCCUGGGCAAAUCUACAAACCUGCCUGACUUCUGAUGUGAAUAGCUCCACCUGAGCUGAGGGAGCUAGAUUUUCAGCCUGAAGCAUGGGCCAGGAGGCCAUGGUGACCUGAGACCAGUGGACUCUGUCCAGUUACUCCUUGCUGUCUUUCUGCCCCAUGUACCGCCUAAGAGGAUUUGCAUCCAUCUCUUCAGGGAACUGACCCUGAGGGAAUCCAUUCCCCUAUUGUCCUAUUUUUCUGUCCUCCCCAAAUAGUUCCACCCUACAGAACUCCUGUCUCCCAUCCCCCGAGGUGGUCCCCAUCCCUCCCUCAUCCCCCCGCCAUGCUCCAGCUGUGGAAGGUGGUACGCCCAGCUCGGCAGCUGGAACUGCAUCGCCUCAUACUGCUGCUGAUUGCUUUCAGCCUGGGCUCCAUGGGCUUCCUGGCUUACUACGUGUCUACCAACCCCAAGGCCAAGGAACCUCUGCCUCUGCCCUUGGGAGACUGCAGUAGCAGUGGGGCAGCUGGCCCUGGCCCUGCGCGGCCUCCAGUCCCACCUCGGCCUCCUAGGCCUCCAGAAACAGCUCGAACCGAACCCGUGGUCCUUGUAUUUGUGGAAAGUGCAUAUUCUCAGCUGGGGCAGGAGAUUGUGGCCAUCUUGGAGUCUAGUCGCUUUCGUUACAGCACUGAGCUGGCACCUGGUCGAGGGGAUAUGCCCACGCUGACUGAUCAUACCCGUGGCCGCUAUGUCUUGGUUAUUUAUGAGAACCUUCUCAAGUAUGUUAACUUGGAUGCCUGGAGUCGGGAACUGCUAGACCGGUACUGUGUGGAGUAUGGCGUGGGCAUCAUUGGCUUUUUCCGAGCCCAUGAGCACAGCCUUCUCAGUGCCCAACUUAAGGGCUUUCCCCUGUUUCUACACUCAAAUUUGGGGCUCCGGGACUACCAAGUGAAUCCUUCUGCCCCCCUACUGCAUCUCACGCGCCCCAGCCGCUUGGAGCCAGGGCCACUGCCUGGUGAGGACUGGACCAUCUUCCAAUCCAAUCACAGUACAUAUGAACCAGUGCUUCUUGCCAGCCUUCGGCCAGCUGAGCCCCCACUACCAGGACCAGUGCUGCGUCGGGCCCGGCUUCCCACUGUCGUGCAGGAUCUAGGGCUUCAUGAUGGCAUCCAGCGGGUGCUCUUUGGCCACAGCCUUUCUUUUUGGCUCCACAAACUUGUUUUUGUUGAUGCUGUUGCAUACCUCACUGGCAAGCGCCUCUGCCUGGACCUUGACCGCUACAUCUUAGUAGACAUUGAUGACAUCUUUGUGGGCAAAGAAGGUACUCGCAUGAAGGUAGCUGAUGUUGAGGCUCUGUUGACCACCCAGAACAAACUCAGGACUAUAGUCCCCAACUUUACCUUCAACCUGGGCUUCUCGGGCAAAUUCUACCAUACUGGGACAGAGGAGGAGGAUGAGGGGGAUGACAUGCUCCUGAGGCACCGCAGAGAGUUCUGGUGGUUUCCCCACAUGUGGAGCCACAUGCAGCCACACCUGUUUCACAAUCGUUCUGUGCUCGCUGACCAGAUGAGGCUCAACAAACAGUUUGCUUUGGAGCAUGGGAUUCCCACGGAUCUGGGGUAUGCUGUGGCCCCCCACCACUCGGGUGUGUACCCCAUCCACACGCAGCUCUAUGAGGCCUGGAAAUCUGUGUGGGGCAUCCAGGUGACCAGCACUGAAGAGUACCCGCAUCUCCGCCCUGCCCGCUACCGCCGUGGCUUCAUUCACGAUGGCAUCAUGGUGCUCCCCCGUCAGACAUGUGGCCUGUUCACGCAUACAAUCUUCUACAAUGAGUAUCCUGGAGGUUCUCGUGAACUAGACCGGAGCAUCCGAGGUGGAGAGCUCUUUUUGACAGUGCUGCUUAAUCCGAUCAGCAUCUUUAUGACUCACCUGUCCAACUAUGGAAAUGACCGGCUGGGCCUGUACACCUUCGAGAGCCUGGUGCGCUUUCUCCAGUGCUGGACGCGGCUGCGUCUACAGACUCUUCCACCUGUCCCUCUUGCACAAAAGUACUUUGAACUUUUCCCUCAAGAGCGAAGCCCACUAUGGCAGAAUCCCUGUGAUGACAAGAGGCACAAAGAUAUCUGGUCCAAGGAGAAAACCUGUGAUCGACUCCCUAAGUUCCUCAUUGUGGGUCCCCAGAAGACAGGCACCACAGCUGUUCAUUUCUUCCUGAGCCUGCACCCAGCUGUGACUAGCAGUUUUCCUAGCCCCAGCACCUUUGAGGAGAUUCAGUUCUUCAAUGGCCCUAAUUACCACAAGGGUAUUGAUUGGUACAUGGACUUCUUCCCUGUCCCUUCCAAUGCCAGCACUGACUUCUUGUUUGAAAAAAGUGCUACCUACUUCGACUCAGAGGUUGUACCACGGAGGGGUGCUGCCCUCCUGCCACGAGCCAAGAUCAUCACUGUGCUCACCAACCCUGCUGACAGGGCCUACUCCUGGUAUCAGCAUCAGCGAGCACAUGGAGACCCAGCUGCUCUGAAUUAUACCUUCUACCAGGUGAUUUCAGCUUCCUCUCAGGCCCCUCUGGUACUACGCUCCCUCCAGAACCGCUGUCUGGUCCCUGGUUACUAUUCUACCCAUCUACAACGUUGGCUGACUUACUAUCCCUCUGGACAGUUGCUGAUUGUGGAUGGGCAGGAGCUGCGUAUCAACCCUGCAGCCUCAAUGGAGAGCAUCCAGAAGUUCCUGGGUAUCACACCCUUUCUGAACUACACACGGACCCUCAGGUUUGAUGAAGAUAAAGGAUUUUGGUGCCAGGGACUUGAAAGUGGUAAAACUCGCUGUCUAGGGAAGAGCAAAGGCCGGAGGUACCCAGACAUGGACACAGAGUCGCGCCUUUACCUUACGGACUUUUUCCGGAACCAUAAUUUGGAACUAUCAAAGCUGCUAAACCGACUUGGCCAACCUAUCCCCUCAUGGCUUCGGGAAGAACUGCAGCAUUCCAGUGUGGGCUGAUGUCCCAGCCUUCCUCUACCAGCAAAAAAAGCCUGCAGCUUCCCUGAGGGGCAAGCUUAGAGCUGGGUCCACAAGGGGGAUUUGCUUGGUCUGGCCCUCCCCUUCUACCUCAGUGGCCCUCAGGACUGAGAUGGCUGAGAAGGGAAGGGCAUCCCUUUCCCAAUAGCUCUGGGGCUAAUUAAGGGGUGUCCUUUACUACCCCAUACCAUGGUACUAAGUACCUUUGAUCCAUGAACCUGGGAGGUGGGAAGGAGAAGGUCCAGGCAGGGUGUAGAGGAAUGUAUUAAGUCAAUGAUUUCCCUCUUCAUCCCCAGCAGUGUAUCUGUCUACACCUGGCUAUGGGAGGGACCCUUGCUGUGGCAGUGGGAACUACCUGUGGCCCGGCCUCCCUAAUGUCGUUCACAUUGAAUGGGGACGAGGUCGGACAGUGGCUCAGAGAGCUGAGUAUGAGCCCUAACUGUGGGCUACAGAUAACCUGAAUAAACACCCUUAUUUUUC